AUGGCCCCCGUCAAGAAGAACAAGAAGGACCAGAACUCCAUCAACUCCAAGCUUGCCUUGGUCAUCAAGUCUGGCAAGGUCAUUCUUGGCUACAAGUCCACCCUUAAGUCCCUGCGCACCGGCAAGGCAAAGCUCAUUCUCAUCGCUGGCAACACCCCCCCUCUGCGCAAGUCUGAGCUCGAGUACUACGCCAUGCUGGCCAAGACUCCUGUCCACCACUUCAGCGGCACCAACAUUGAAAUGGGUACUGCCUGCGGUAAGCUUUUCCGCUGCGGCACCAUGGCCAUUCUUGAUGCUGGUGACUCCGACAUCCUCAGCGACCAGGUCGCUUAA